ACACCGGUAGCAUGAGAAUAACGCCAAUUCAUUUAGUGUUUAUUGACUAUUACUGUCGUAAAGCUGAGUAAAAAAAAACUAACUGUGCCAAAACAUCCGUAUUUCAUAAAUCGUUCCCUCCGUUUCAUUUUGAAACGACGAAUACAAAUUGGGCUACAUCAACCACCGUAGGUGCGUUGUCUCUGUGCUCCUUGUCGCUGUCAACCAUGAGUAUUUAUUUUUUAAGUUUCCCUAGUAGUUUUGAGUCCUCUGUGCCUUAGAUCGCGGCAAAGCGUCUUUAUUCUGAGAUCUGCAUCAUGUUCACGACCACCGGUUCCAGAGGGCUUUACAAAGCACCGCUGUCCAAGGGCCUUCUAAUGGUGUUAAGUGGUCUGACGGUGUUGCUGACGCUACUGCCCCAGUAUCACGGACUGUUCGCCUACAACCUAGAGGCAAUCAAACAGGAUCAACAGGUGUGGAGGGUGGUCUGUGGUCGUCUAAUCUGUCUAGACCUGAAGGACACCUUUUGCUGCAGUCUUCUCUACUACAACUUCCGUAUUUUUGAAAGGAGGUUUGGAAGCAGAAAAUUCGCUUCUUUCCUGUUUGGGACCUGGAUCCUGUCUGCCUUUGCUGACUUCCUGUUGGCGGAGGCUGUCCACUUCCUGUUCGGUCACCAGGUGGAGGAGCUACCAUCAGGACUCUUGUCCCCUGUGUUCGCCCUCUACGUGCCUUUCUACUGCUCCAUCCCCAGGGUGCCUGUCACCCAGCUGCUGGGGCAUAUCUCUAUCACUAACAAGUCUCUGGUCUACAUCAUAGGCCUUCAGUUGCUGACAUCAAGUCCCUUCAUGUGGUUGGUAGCUCUCAGUGGCCUGAUCUCUGGAGGUCUGUACCACUGCAAUGUCCUGGGGAUCCAGCGGGUCCUAUUUGUCCCCUCCUGGCUGUCCCGUGUGGGGGGGUUCCUCUUGGAGCCCGUGUUCUCCGGCCCCCAGCCCCCCGAGGAGACGCCCCUGGGGAUGGGGGCCACCCUGGACAUCCAGAGGCAGCAGAGGAUGGACCUUCUGGACCAACAGCUGCUCCUGGCUCAGUUCAACCACACCAGGAACCCCCCGCAACCUCAGGCUGGCCAGCUGAACUGGUUCUUCCCCUCGCUGCGUCUCAGAGGACAGAACCGUCCCCCUGCCCAGCCUCACCCCUCGCCUCAGGCUCCUGUACUGGACAACACACCCAUAGCAGAGGACCAGAUUACCAGAUUGAUGGAGAUGGGCUUUUCCAGGCCUGCUGCCCAGGAAGCUCUCAGAGCUUCCAACAACGACAUCAACAUGGCAACCAACUUCCUGCUGCAGCACUAACCGUUCGGGAGGACGUGGAAUGAGGGAUUGAGGAGGGGGGAGAGAGAGAGAUGGAGGUGGAGAAGGAAGAACAGAUGACCUCGUCGGGUUUCCUAGUCCCCCCUGGCCAGAGCAGAACUAUCCACUGGAGUUUCCCUCACCCCAAACCAAUAUGGCUGUAAGCAGGAAGUUGGUGACUACAGACUAGAGAUGGGAGGUUGGGGAACCUUUACUUCUACCCAGAAACAGAGUUAGAGGGAGCCAUUAGAGGCCUGCCCACUUGAAGAAGCAAGGACUAGACAAUACAUCUCUUAUACAGAGGUGGACUACAUGUGAACACACACUGGGCCAGAGGAGGUACAGCGGGCUAAAAUCCUUCCUGAGAGAAGCGCAGCACUUCCUGAAAGAGGCAGCCUCAACCAGAGGACUUCCUGGAAGAAGUGUGGCUUAGGUCCAGGGGGAUAAGACUAAGGGGUAGUAGUAUGAUAUUGCAUUACCCUGGUUAGUUAUCUCUCUCUCUCACACACACACACUACUGGUGUGUGAACUUUAAACCGAGCUAUUUUCACACACAAGGCUUGUCACAGGUGUCAUCUCGUUGUUCUGCAGUAUCUUCCUCACUUGCCACUGCCGGGUUUGACCUUGGGUCCGCUGACUCCCUCAAGCAACGGCCACCUUUCAGAAACACCACUUUAGCCAACUACGCUACCCAAAUUUGAUGGUGUGGGUGGGCAGCAUGUGUGCUUGAGGCACGGUUUAACCAAUUCAGCUUGGCUACACAGACACCACAUGCAAAACACACACAUAAACAAAGCUGCCAGCCCCAACCACGUUUCUCUCAGUUCUACUACGUCCUUCCCUGUCCACUUAACUCAAAGCCUUAUAGAGAAGGCUGAGGAGGUGUUGGUUUAGUAAUUGUCACAUUAGAUAUUCCCAUAGUAUGGAUGGCCUGUAUGGAGAAAGCCUCAAUACUGCAUUUUGUGAGAAAAAAAACAUAUACUCAUAAUGUUCUGGAUAUGUUAGUGUUUUCACUGAGAGAUUAGGAAUUAAUGCAUAUAAGGAAAGCUGAACGACUUCUAUUGUGUGUGUGUGCGUGCGUGUGCAUGUCUGUGCCAGUACAGCUGUCCAGAUUGACUAUUGGACUGAAUUAUGUGAUUUCACAGUGGAAUUAAGUUAUCUGAGGAUGAAAUCCUAUUUAUGAAAACGUUUUUGAUUAUGAAUAACCACAGGACUUUCGUCCUGUAUUCGUUGACUUGUAACCACUAUUGAAAAUAAUAAUCCAUAAUCAAUAUUUGUGUCUGGUUGGUACAGUUGUGGUCUCAUGUACACUGUGGAAUUGACCGCUCUGACCUGUGGAGUUGAUGAAUCCCUCCAAGGUUGUAGUCUAGUACAACAAUGCUGAGUGACAGUUAUGAAAUGCCCUGAUGGAAGCUGUGAGCUACUCAUGUGAGUAUGAACUUAGUUACAAGGUGCAAGCUAAACGGAAGACUUGUAUCCAAUAAAAAGAACGCCUACCUA